CUGCCUUUGUCAUGGAACAGGAGAUCGUCAGCAAUAUUUCAUCUUUGGAAGACAAGACUGAUGAUUUCUGUGACAACCCGACCAGAGAUUCUCUUGCUGAGGGGUUGAUGAGCGUUAUCAAGCCCACAAUUGACCAACUUGAUGAACGAGUCAAAGCUACACGCUUGAGCCAACUUGAACUAAAAAAGAGUCUUGAUGCCCUUACAAAAGAUCUGAAGGAAAUAGCAGCCGAGAAAAAUUGCCCACUCGAUCUUGAACUCUAUGCAAAUAAACUCGUAAGCACAAGGCACAAGAUUUUGGUAGUUGGAAACAUACUUCAAGCUUCGCAGGACCGCCUUGAUAAACUUCAAGCCCGAAUACAAAAAGAAACCCAAACAAGAACACUAAGUGAUAAAUCUAGCCCAGUUGGUGAACAGCCUAAUUAAAUUAUGGAUAAAUUACCUACCCCUCUGUGGAACUUAAAUGAAUUCACAGAUGAAGUAUAUGAGCCUCGUGAAGAUACAUUCUUAUUAAUGGAUGCCCUCGAAACCGAUUUAAAUCUAAUUAAAAAAUCAAAUGCUAUGGUGGCAUUAGAAAUUGGAUCUGGCUCUGGAGUUGUAAUAACCUCAUUAUCUUUAGCUGUGCCAAAUCUCUAUUGUUUAGCAUUAGAUAUCAAUCCAAAAGCCUGUGUAGCAACAAAAAAUACAGCUGCGCUAAAUAAAACGCAGGUUGAUGUAAUUAGAAGUGAUUUAGUGAAAAGUCUCAGGCUUAAUAAAAGCGUAGAUCUGCUUAUUUUCAACCCACCUUAUGUACCAUCUGAUGGCUCAGAUGAAAAUUCCAUUUUGGACAAGGCGUGGGCAGGCUUGGAGAGAGGAAGGAGCACAAUAGAUUGGUUGUUGCCAAUUUUGGAGGAGCUAAUGUCAAAUACUUGUUUGGGAUAUUUUGUAGCAAUUGAUGAGAAUAAUCCUGAAGAAAUACUUUCAAUACUAAGAAGCAAGGGAUUCAACAGUGAAACGGUCGCAAGAAGAAAAAUAAUCGGAGAAAAAUUGUCUAUAUUACGGUUCUCUAGAGGCUUAGAUUUGUAAUUCAUAAAAAAAAAGUACUAAAUAUAUUUAAACAUAAAUA